UGCCCCGGCCGCCCGCGGCCCUCGGGGGGAAAAGGGCCCUCUGCGGGGGACCGGAGCUGCCAAGGCGGCGCGGGGCUCCGGCAGCGUCCGGGGGCGGGGCAGGCGCGGGGAGUCCCGGGCCCCGCGAGGCCUCGGGGCGCCCGCGGCAGAGGCGAGGUGGCUUCAUCGGAGCGGGAGAGGCCGGCGGUGCUUCUGCUCAGCCCUGACACCUCGGGUCUCGCUUUGGGAACAGCUGGUCACCGCCCACUUCGGCCCUGCUCGGCACUGAGCCCUGCCUUGACGGUUGAUUUAACAUAAAGUCAUUUUGUAAAAAAAGAAAAGGUGUCAGAAAAGCUUCCCUAGGUCAGACCGCGUGCAGCAGCGUGCUGCUCGGGAUUUUGGCAUCGCAGCACUGAGAAAGCCAGCUGGAGAAGUGACUGUCCUCAGCUUGCUUCAUCUGGUAAUUAUUAGAGUGGGAGAACCUGUUGGACAAGGUGUUUAAGCUAACCUAACCCACGCAUCAUAGAAGGAAAGUAGAGAGAUGGAUAACUGUAUGAGGGUCAGUUGUGCCAGCCAUCAGUACUGGGCCACCACUUGCUUUCCAUUAAUUGGCCACUGCAGGAACCUGUUGAAGCAUCUGCCAGUCAUGGUGACUGCUCUCUAGUACAGGAACUGUGCAUAAACUCCCUUUGCUACAGAGGCUAAUGGCUAUGGCAUGUUUCCUUUUUAAAAUUAGACUAAGACUCCAUUUCUAAAUGACCCUUGCUCCAUGGAAGAACUUUCUUCAGAUUACAAUGAAAAGAAUACUACAACAAAGAAGGUUGUCACUGUAUAAUGGUGCUCAUGGCUACGAGGAAGAAUUGAUAAAGAAGAAACUUCAGCAGUUUUCUGGUGGAUCCAUCAACCUUUCCAAAGAAGACAAUGGCAUUGCAAUACUUACUUUGAAUAACCCAAAGUUAAUGAAUGCCUUUACAGGCACUAUGAUGUUAGAACUACAGGAGAGGGUAACUGAACUGGAAAACUGGAAGGAUGGCAAAGGUCUUAUAAUCCAUGGUGCAGGAAACACUUUUUGCUCGGGAUCUGAUUUGAAUGUUGUCAAACAAAUAUCCAAUUCCCAGGAUGGGAUGAAUAUGUGCAUGUUCAUGCAAAACACCUUAACCAGACUUAUGAGGUUGCCUUUGUUCAGUGUUGCACUAGUUCAAGGAAAAGCUUUUGGAGGAGGAGCAGAACUUACCACAGCAUGUGAUUUCAGGUUGAUGACGCCUGGAAGUGAAAUUCGGUUUGUCCACAAGCACAUGGGCCUGGUGCCAGGCUGGGGAGGAGGUGCCCGGCUGGUGCGGAUCGUGGGCAGCGGGGCAGCCCUGCAGCUGCUGGGCGGGGCUGCGGGGGUGGACCCCGAGAGAGCGCUGAGCCUGGGGCUCUCCGAGCGCACGCUGCCGGCCCCUGAUGAAAGCAGAGCCCUGGCAGAGGCCCGCGCCUGGCUGAGUCAGUACACAGACGGUCCGGCCACGGUCAUUCGGGCUGUGAAAAAGGUGGUGACAGCAGGAAGAGAGCUCCCGCUGGAAGCUGCCCUAAGGACAGAGAAGGACAUUUUUGGAACUGUGUGGGGUGGACCUGCCAAUUUGCAGGCAUUGGUUAGAAGACCAAAACAUAAAUGAUGGUUUAUGCAUAAGAAAUGGGCUUGACUUUUUUACAAGCAAGGCUUUCAGUAAAGCAGCUGUUAAGCUGAAUCAUUUAAGGACUUGUCCAUUUAAAAUGGCAUUAACAUUCCUGCCAUUUAGGUCAGGCAGGCAUAUUUGGUGUGCAACCACAGAGAAAUCCCAGGCAGAUUCUCUACUGUCCUAAUCAUCCACUGAAUCGAGAUUAGUGAAAUUACUAUGUAAAGGUAAAUACUGUGCUGAAAAUAGAACAAUAAUUCAUUUGGAA